AUGUCGCUGCUCACGCACCUGCUGGCGUGCCUCUUCGGGAUGGGCGCCUGGGUUUCCAUCAACGGCCUGUGGGUGGAGCUGCCCCUGAUCGUGCCCCAGAUCCCCGAGGGCUGGUACCUGCCCUCCUACCUCUCCAUCCUCAUCCAGAUGGCCAACGUCGGGCCGCUCUUCGUCACCCUGAUGCAUCGCUUCCGGCCCGGCGCCCUGAACGAGACCGCCGUCAUCUACGUGAUCAUCGGGCUGGGCACCGUGGCCAGUUUCCUGCUGGGCUUCUUCUGGAAGGAGACGGUGGUCGUGGCGGGCGCCAGUCGCAGCGUCGCCCUCCUGGUCUUGACUUUCUUCCUCGCCGCCGUGGACUGCACGUCCUCCGUCACCUUCCUGCCCUUCAUGAUGCGCCUCAAGCCCCAGUAUCUCACCACCUACUACAUCGGGGAGGGGCUGAGCGGCCUGCUUCCGGCUCUGGUGGCUCUGAUCCAGGGCGUUGGCGUGGUCCACUGCUUGAACAGCACCCAGUCUCUGACCCCCGGCCUGAACGGCUCUGUGACCUUUGACCUCCAGGCCCAUUAUCAGCCUGCAAACUUCUCCGCCGAGGAGUUCUUCUUCUUCCUGAGCGCCAUGAUGGUGGUGUGCCUGGUGGCCUUCCUGCUGCUGAACUACCACCCGGCCGUGGCCCGGGAGCUUCCCGCCGGCCGCUACACAAACGGCGUGAAAGAGAAAUCGCCGACAAACAGGAAGUGGGCCGAGCAGAAGACGAUGAUGGAUCCGUACGAACCCGCGAACCAGAAGCGCAGAAGCAGCUUUGGCAGCGGCGCUUACAGCUGGAUGCAGGUGUUCUACAUCUUUGUGAUUCUGGCCUGGACCAACGCUCUGACCAACGUGGUGCUGCCCUCGGUGCAGUCGUACUCCUGCAUGCCGUACGGGAACAAGAUCUAUCACCUGUCGGCCGCCAUGGCCGCCGUGUCCAACCCCCUGGCCUGCUUCAUCGCCCUCUUCCUCCCCAUAAGAUCCCUGCUGGUGAUGGCAGCUCUCACCGUGGUCGGCACUGGAGCUGGAGCUUACAUAAUGGGCACGGCGGUGCUGAGUCCAUGUCCUCUGCUGGUUAAUGAUACCUCGGGUGGUGUCGUCAUAGUGUUGUCCUGGAUCGUCUUCAUCCUCACGCUGUCCUACGUGAAGGUGAUCAUCGGCGUGAUCCUGCGUGACGAGGGCCACAGCGCUCUGGUGUGGUGUGGGGCUGUGGUGCAGCUGGGAUCCUUACUGGGAGCCGUGACCAUGUUUCCACUGGUCAGCGUGUUCAGCUUCUUCUCGUCAGGAGACCCGUGCAACACUAAGUGUCCCUGA